UGUCUCUGCAACUACAAAUCCCACCAUAGAUCCCUAACACCUCCGAUCUAGCACUUCACUUCUCUCCCUUCUCAGUCUCGUUGAAAACCUGACAGUUGACCCGAAAAAACAAAAGAAAUGAGAGUUCCAAACACCUAAUUCGAUUCCGCUUUAUUUAGCAACAGACCAACCUCGAUCUCUCAUCAAUGGCGUUCUCCACGCGCCGUGGCGGCUGGGCGAACUCUCUCCUGCCGUCGACCUCCGUAUCUUCCCCUUCCUCCACCUCCAAAUCCAAAUUCUCCAGAAAAUCUCGCCGGCGAUUAGCCCUAAAGGACUUCCUCUUCAAGAACUUCUUCGCCAUCGGCCUUUUCGUCUCCCUCUUCUUUUUCUUCCUCGUCGUCCUCCGCUACGGCGUCCCCACGCCGAUCACCUCCACUUUCAGAUCCCGCAACACGGCCCGAAUAGCUAAACCUCGAAAACCGAGCUACCGGAAGCCCGUUUCGGGUGGCGACGCCGGAGCCGCCGUGGAUAUCACGACCAAGGGCUUGUACGACAAGAUUGAGUUCCUGGAUGUGGACGGCGGUGCUUGGAAGCAAGGUUGGAAGGUGACCUAUGGAGGAGACGAGUGGGAUACGGAGAAAUUGAAGAUCAUUGUGGUGCCUCAUUCGCAUAACGAUCCUGGCUGGAAGCUCACCGUCGAGGAGUACUAUGAUAGGCAGUCCAGGCACAUUCUCGACACGAUUGUCGACACGCUUUCCAAGGACUCUCGAAGGAAGUUUAUAUGGGAAGAGAUGUCGUAUUUGGAGAGAUGGUGGAGGGAUGCCUCAGAUAACAGAAAGGAAUCGUUCGUCAAUCUAGUGAAGAAUGGCCAGUUAGAGAUUGUUGGUGGUGGCUGGGUGAUGAAUGAUGAGGCUAAUUCACAUUAUUUUGCCAUUAUUGAGCAGAUCACAGAGGGGAAUAUGUGGUUGAAUGACAAUAUUGGAGCUAUUCCUAAAAAUUCUUGGGCAAUAGAUCCAUUUGGUUACUCACCUACCAUGGCAUAUCUUCUCCGUCGAAUGGGUUUUGAUAAUAUGCUUAUCCAGAGGACCCAUUACGAGCUGAAGAAGGAACUUUCUCUUCAUAAAAAUUUGGAAUAUAUAUGGCGUCAGAGUUGGGAUGCAGAGGAAACUACUGAUAUUUUUGUCCACAUGAUGCCCUUCUAUUCUUAUGAUAUUCCACAUACUUGUGGACCAGAGCCUGCAAUUUGUUGCCAGUUUGACUUUGCUCGAAUGCGUAGUUUCACGUAUGAAUCCUGUCCAUGGGGAGAUCAUCCUGUAGAGACCAAUCAAGAGAAUGUUAAGGAAAGGGCAUUCAAACUACUAGAUCAAUAUAGGAAGAAAUCAACCUUAUACAGGACAAACACACUUCUUGUUCCUCUUGGAGAUGAUUUCCGCUACAUCAACGUUGAUGAAGCUGAAGCUCAAUUUAGGAAUUAUCAAUUGUUAUUUGAUUAUAUCAAUUCUAAUCCCUCCUUAAAUGCAGAGGCUAAGUUUGGAACUUUGGAAGACUACUUUCGAACUCUUCGUGAGGAGUCUGAGAGAAUAAAUUACUCUCGCCCUGGUGAGGUUGGCUCUGGACAGGUUGGAGGGUUUCCUUCUCUAUCAGGUGACUUCUUUACUUAUGCUGAUAGGCAACAGGACUAUUGGAGUGGUUAUUAUGUCUCGAGGCCUUUUUUCAAGGCUGUUGAUCGGGUUCUAGAGCAAACACUCCGUGCUACAGAUAUGAUGAUGGCUCUAUUGCUUGGGUACUGUCAGAGAGCACAAUGUGAGAAAUUGCCGGUGGGGUUUUCCUACAAACUGACGGCUGCGAGAAGAAAUUUGGCUCUUUUCCAGCAUCAUGAUGGGGUGACUGGUACUGCAAAGGAUCAUGUGGUCCUAGACUAUGGGACUCGGAUGCAUACUUCCUUGCAAGACUUGCAGAUUUUCUUGUCUAAGGCUAUUGAAGUGCUGCUUAAAAUACGCCAUGAGAAAUCAGAUCAGAAUCCUUCUCAGUUUGAGCCUGCACAGGUGAGAUCUAAGUAUGAUGCUCAGCCUGUUCAUAAGACCAUAAUUUCUCGUGAAGGGACGUAUCAAUCGGUGGUCUUAUUCAAUCCUUCAGAGCAAGCAAGAGAAGAGGUUGUGAUGGUUAUUGUUAACAAACCGGAUGUUACUGUUGUGGAUUCAAACUGGACAUGCAUUCAAAGUCAAACUGCUCCUGAAUUGCAGCAUGACAAAAGCAACAUUUUCAGUGGGAGGCAUCGUGUCUAUUUUAAAGCUUCUAUUCCUGCACUAGGGUUGCAAACAUAUUACAUUGCUAACGGUUUUGCUGGAUGCGAAAAAGCCAAGCCAUCAAAACUAAAAUUCUUCUCUAAGUCUGGUUCAUUGCCUUGUCCAACUCCUUAUGCGUGUUCAAAAGCCAAAGAUGACACAGUCCAAAUCCGGAAUCGGCAUCAGACCCUCACCUUUGAUGUCGCAACUGGUCUGUUGCAGAAAAUAAUCCACAAAGAUGGUUCUCAAAAUGUGGUCGGUGAAGAAAUAUCUAUGUACUCUAGCUGGGGAAGUGGAGCGUACCUGUUCAAACCAACUGGUGAUGCCCAACCUAUUGUUAAAUCAGGUGGACAAAUUGUGAUCUCUGAGGGCUCUUUGAUGCAAGAAUUAUUUUCUUAUCCACAUACGGAAUGGGUGAAAAGCCCCAUUUCCCAUAGUACCCGGUUGUAUAAUGGAGAAAAUACUGUACAGGAGUUUCUUAUAGAGAAGGAAUAUCAUGUUGAGCUUCUUGGAGCUGAAUUUGAUGAUAAGGAGAUAAUAACCAGGUACAAAACUGAUAUUGAUAGCAAGAGAGUAUUCUUUUCGGAUUUAAAUGGCUUCCAGAUGAGCCGGAGAGAAACCUACGACAAAAUUCCAGUGCAAGGAAAUUACUACCCCAUGCCUUCUCUUGCGUUCAUGCAAGGAUCUAAUGGUCAGCGGUUCUCUGUCCAUUCCCGACAGUCGUUGGGUGUUGCAAGCGUUAAAGAUGGAUGGUUAGAGAUUAUGCUUGAUCGUCGUUUGGUAAGAGAUGAUGGACGUGGUCUUGGGCAAGGCGUGAUGGACAACCGUGCAAUGAAUGUGAUCUUUCACAUCCUUGUAGAGUCCAAUAUUUCCUCUACUAAAAACUCAGUUUCAAACUCUUUGCCCUUAAACCCGUCUCUUCUUUCUCACCGCAUCGGUGCUCACUUGAACUACCCACUACAUGCAUUCAUUUCCAAGAAGCCACAAGAUAUGUCCAUGCGGCCACCGCCAAGAUCUUUUGCCCCAUUGGCAAUUUCCUUACCAUGCGACUUGCACAUUGUUAGCUUUAAGGUUCCCAGGCCUUUGAAAUACUCUCAGCAACAAGUCGGAGAUCCGAGGUUCGUGCUAAUCUUACAGAGGCUAAGUUGGGAUUCAUCAUACUGUCACAAGGGCAGGUCACAGUGCACCAGCAUCGCCAAAGAACCUGUUAAUCUGUUUCACAUGUUCAGGGAGCUUGCGGUUUUGAAUGCAAAAGCAACUUCCUUGAAUCUUUUGCAUGAAGAUUCGGAGAUGCUUGGGUAUCCUGAGCAAUCUGGUGAAGUUGCACAAGAGGGACACGUUUUGGUUUCUCCCAUGGAAAUUCAGGCUUACAAGUUAGACCUACGUCCACAACAAUAAUUCCUCCACUUGGUUUUCUGCGACUCUAGUCUCGUUGAUGCUCAUUUACCACCAUCAGUUUGCCGCCAAUUUUUAUGCUUCUAUAGUUGAAUCAAGGAAGCUUAUCUAACGGUCGAAGAUUUGGAAGGCGGGCAGAGUUCAUAGAAGUGAGAAAAUAUAGGUGGCUUUGCCGAGGAAAAUAAUUGGAAGAUAAUUGACUCAUGAAUAUUUUGGUGUACAGUUGGUGUUCACAUUAUGUAAUAGAGAUGAUAUUUGUGGCUCAUUGUAAGUAAGGGGAUUUAGGAUUAGAGUUUCACUCCCCAAAGUAUACAACGAGAAUGAUAUUCGAGUUAUUUCAGGCACAAUUUUGCUUUU